CUGUAACUGCUAACAGAGCAUUCUUACAAGGCUAGAAGCGCAUUGUUGCCGACACAGGUGAUAUAAAACUUGCAAAAGGGCAACACGGGCUUUAGUUUGUGAUUCCAACUCUGUCGGUAAAAUGAGUUUCAAGUCGCGAUUGUUGGGCAUUGUUUUGCUCAGUUGCUUAUCCAAUGCCAGUGUCAUCCCUACAAUAAAAGUCCUUCAAGGCCCCGGAAGCAAAACUUUACUUGUAGGUCCAGACGGUAGCGCAGUAGAUUCAGCAGCACCUGGAGGUACUGUCGUCACAGAUGAUCAUGGAACAGGUUUGGUAGCAGCGGGUCCAGCUGUACUUCCUGCAGGUCCAGAACUGGCAGUUCAUGGUCCAGCUGGAUCUGUUAUUACCAGUUUCUCUCAAGCGGGCCCUGCUAUAGUACCAGGAGUCGCUCCUGCUGCAGUAGUACCUGUCGCUGUAGCCCCAGCUGCAGUAGUUCCUGCUGCUGUUGCUCCAAUUGCUGCAGUAGUUAAUGGACCUGCUCCUGGAGCUUAUGCCUCGGAUAAUGCAGAGGCAUUGUAUGAUGAUGGAUCGUAUAAGGGAGAACAUUAAGCAUAUUCGUUAUUAUUUUGUAAAAACAUAGUAUUUUUGGCAUAUAUGUGGCAUUUGGAAAUUCAAACUUCAAUAGAUAUAUUGGAAAGUAUCUACAUGCUCAAACUGGUUGUGUAAAUCGGUUUACUUUUAAAAAUAUUUAAUGAUCUAAGUAAAAAAUCAUUCAGGCUAAAUACGUACCUAAUAUUUGUAUAUUAUGUGAAAAAUUACAGUGUUUUUACAAAAUAUCAAACUAUCUUGAAAACUGAUUCUUUAUUAUGAACGGAUUAUGUUUAAGUCAAGUUUGUAUUAAAUUCUAGUCUAUAUGUUUAUUUUUGUAAACCAUCACGACUAUUUCUAAGUAG